GUCUGGCUUUAACAACCCAGUCUGCGUAACUCCGUGAGCGGCACGCGAUCCCAGCGGGCCGCACACACCACCACGGGCAAAUAACCCAGCAGCCUUCCGGGUCCCCGCGGCGAAAUAGAAGGAACCGCGCCCUAUAUAACUAACACCGCCAGACCACAUACACUGGGUAGCAAAGCACAUCGCACUUCCAUCAAAUCCAAGCUCACUGAAAACACGCCCCCAAUCGCCAUGUCCCCAAUCCCCAUCAUAGUCUGCGGCCGCAGCCCCGCCGUCGCCGCCAAAGUAGCCCGCGAACUGGCACCCGAAUACGACGUCGUCAAAAUCGUGCUCACCCCUGAAGACGGCGUGGCCUCGAUCCCCGCGCUGCUGUCGGGGCCCAACGCGCCGCGCUGCGUCGCCGUCGGCGGCGCCUUCGACUCCGCGGCGAUAGAAGCCAUGCGCAGCGCGGCGAGUGCGGCGGCCGAGGUGCCGUGGCUGCGGAUUGAUGUCGCGAGGAUGGGCGAGAUGCCGAGUUUGGCGGAUACGGAGGCGUUUGGGGAGGCGUUGGCGGUGAGGAUCAGGGAGGGGUUGGUGGAGAGGAAGGUUGGGAAGGAGGGGCAGCAGAUUGGGGUGUUUCUGAUUUGA